AUGAGCGAGAAAGAGGCUCUGGCGGAAGUGAAGGAGUGGCUCGCGAAGACGGUCGAAGGCGCUGGGAAAUCAGUUCCGGAAUUCGAAUACACACCGCGCAGCGUCUCGUAUUUGCACCAUCUCAUCACUCUUUCCAAAGCCAAAGACGAGGCAGCGCGCCUCGUAGCUCGCGAUUUCCGCCUCAAGGCCUCCGAGUACCGAUCCCAAGCUGCGAGGAUUAGGGAGAUUUUGGAGAAUGUGGGCUUGGCGCAGGAGAGCUUGCCCUCCAAUGUGGUUACAUCAGCACAAGUUCUUGCAAAUGUGGCCAACUUGUUGAAUAUAAGAGAUACUGAAAUGAGUAGCUUUCUUGUAGCUAUGGGUGAUAUUUCCCUGAGGAAGACUGGAGUGGAGGAAAAAAGGGCUGAAGUGAACAAGGAAUCCAAGCUUCUGCUUGAUUACACUAGAAAGGCCAUAGCCAGGCUAACAUAUUUAAAAAGAACACUUGCUCAGUUAGAGGAUGAGGUAGCUCCAUGUGAGGCUCAAAUGGAGAGUUGGGCAACAAACUUACAAGUAAUGGCUGCAAAAGAAAGACAGUACUUGCAACAAUGUGCCAACUACAAGGCAGUGCUGAAUCAUGCAGGUUAUACCCCAGAGGUUAGCCAUAGGGUUUUGGUUGAAACAGCUGAGCAUAGAAAGGAGCUAGAGAAGAAAACUAAGCCCAUCCUUGAUACUCUGAGGAGUUACCAAGAUUUGCCUCCGGAUAAAGCUUUAGCUGCCUUAGCAAUUGAGGAUAAGAAAAGGCAGUAUGCUGAUGCUGAGAAGUAUCUUGAAGAUGUAUUGCAGUCAGCUCUUGCCAGUUCAGAGUGA